UAGUAUGAGCAGACGAGUAAGAAUGACUCGGAAAUGAGGUUGAAUUCCAAAUCUCCUUAUUACAGCAUUUAGUAGACUGUGUGGGACGUAUGAUUAUAUUAUAUCACCCUUGGAAAGAUUCGCUUAUCCUGUUUGGGAAUAGACCGAGAUUUGAAACGCAGACCAAAUCGGAAUCGGUGUUAUUUUAGCUCGUGUUUGGAUUACUGGGGGACGGAUUACUGAUCAGAGCUAAACAUGUCGGAAAGAAAAGUCUUAAACAAAUACUACCCCCCGGAUUUUGAUCCUUCAAAAAUCCCUAAAUUGAAACUGCCUAAAGAUCGUCAGUACGUUGUUCGACUGAUGGCUCCUUUUAACAUGAGGUGUAAGACUUGUGGAGAGUACAUCUACAAGGGAAAGAAGUUUAAUGCUCGGAAAGAGACCGUGCAAAACGAGCUAUAUCUGGGCCUGCCCAUCUUUCGGUUUUAUAUUAAAUGCACAAGAUGUCUGGCAGAGAUCACAUUUAAGACCGACCCAGAAAACACUGAUUACACUAUGGAACAUGGUGCAACAAGAAACUUUCAAGCCGAGAAGCUGAUUGAAGAAGAGGAGAAGAAAAUCCAGCAGGACAGAGAGGAAGAGGAGUUAAAUAAUCCUAUGAAGGUUUUAGAGAACCGAACACGGGACUCAAAGUUGGAGAUGGAAGUCCUGGAGAACCUGCAGGAGCUGAAGGAGCUGAAUCAGCGACAGGCUCGGGUUGAUUUUGAGUCCAUGCUGCAGAAGUACAGGGAGCUGGAGAAGAGACAGAAGAUACAGGAGCAGGAGGAGGAUGAGCGAGAACUCCAAGAAAUGCUGGAUAUGGCGCGGGUGAAAAGGCUCAGGGAUUCGGACUCAGAUUCAAAAUCGGACUCUGAUCAGGAGCAAGAAAAUGUAAAAAAGAUGCUUAAAGGUGCUUAUGAGAACCCCACAGACAUCCUGACUUCAAGCAACGUAACAGAUGCAAAGGGUGCCACUGUGUCUGGAGUAAAGAGUCAGAAAGUGGAGAGCUUGGAAAAGAGUGUGGGCGGCUUGGGAGGAAGGAGUGCUCUAAGCUCACUUGUAGUACGGAAGAAGCGUCCAGGUGCAGCAACAGUUACAGCACAACAGCCUGUUGCUGAAACUCAGACUGGGAUAGAUACAAAACCUGCAGAAGCAACUGCCACCGCAAGCAGCAGCUUAACACCAAGAGUUCAACAGGGUUGUUCACUCAGCCUGCUGAGUGCAUAUUCAGACAGCGAGAGCAACUCUGACUAGUUCUGUCAUGGUGAGGGACACGAUGUCUGAAAUGAACUGUGCAGGGACAAUGCCAAGAAAAACACUGAUGGACUGCUGGUUUUAGAGUUCCAGUGUUUCUUGAUGUAAAUGUGAUUGGAUGAUGAUAUUUGUACAAAAAGGUUAUUGUUAUGACUGUUCUGUAUUUUCCUGUUUUUUGAUUAAUUGUUAUUAAAGUAUUCUUUGCCUUU